AUGAAGUACAUCUCUGCCGUCGCCGCUCUACUCCUCACCGGUGCGUCUGCCGCCGUUAGCAGCAUGCAAGGUGGCAGGCAUGCCAUCUUCAAUGGGACAUGCUCGAUGAAGACGCAGGCAUGCACAGUGACCACGUAUGAUGGCUUUUUCAGGGGAUCGUUUUAUAAGGCCGGCUCGGUAUGGACAAAGGCCGAGUACGAACAAAUGUACAACACGACAACACAGUACCCGAAGCCCAGGACGGCAAAGGUGACGAAAAUGUGCGACUGGUGCUCCGAGUGCCUGGCAGAGAACGCCCCCUGCUUCUUGGAAGGGACCAAGAGCUUUUCAGAGUGCGACUAG